AUUUACCUAGAAAUCAAUCCUAGAAAGCAUUUCCCCAUAUUGAUUUCUCGUUACUAUAUUCAGAUUACUACAAUCCUAUCAGCUAAGAACUAAACUGCCAUCAUGAAAUUCGAAACAGUGGCCAUAUUCGGGGCUACAGGCCAAAUAGGCCAACUCAUCGUGCAAGCCUUCCAAAAGUGCAAGAAACAAAACUUCAAACUCAUCCAGGUCGUGCAGCCGGGUCACGACGAAGAAGCGCGCAGGAACCCCGGUGUCGACGCGAAGUUCAUCGACAUUACUUCAGCAAGCAAAGAGGAGAUCGCCACUGCGCUGCAGGGGGUGGAUGUUGUGGUUAGUGCCCUCGGUGGCAAAGGCAUGGAAAUGCAACCUCUGAUCCAGGAUGCAGCGGAUGUUGCCGGCGUCAAGAGGUUCUAUCCGAGUGAGUAUGGCAUGCAUCAUAUCUACCGCAAGCCGGGCGAUGAUUGGGGGUAUCUUCAUCCUAUAUGGGACAUGAAAGAAGUUUCGAAUGAGAAAUGUCUUCACCACCCUGCCGUGAAGGAGGGGAGGAUGUCAUACACACUGAUCGGCUGCGGCGACUUUUAUGACCAAGAUCGUGAGCCGACAUGGUGCCCCUGGACCCAGACGGACGUCGACAAGUACACGCUGCGGAUAGUUGGAGACGCCAACGCCAGAUGCGACUUUACGAACCGCCAUGACCUCGCCGCUUACUUGGUCGAAUCUUGCUGCCACCCGGAGAGAUCGGAGAAUGCGACGCUGAAUUUUGUCAGUGAUCACAUCAGUUACAACGAGAUUGCAAGUCUGCUGGAGAAAUAUGCCAAGCGGCCCGUCGAGAAGGUCUUCAUCAGCGAGGAGGACAUGCAUGCGUAUAUCGCAGACCCGUCGUCGGCGCCAGCGGCACUGCGCGAGGGAAGCCCUUUCCCGCUGGAUUUCUGGAUGAUGGUCAAGGGUGCCCAGGGACAGGGCCGGUUUUGGAGGCCCCCUGGUCAGGUCCAUAAUAAUCUUUUCCCGGACGUUGAAGUGACGCCAUUUGAGGCUUAUUUCCAGAGGCGCUUCGCUUAGCUUGUGUUAUUACGAUCUCUAGGUCGUUGAGGGCUCAAAUGCAGGAAUUUAAGGCUCCCGCUCGUCGAGGGGUUUUAAGACUUGUUUGUGAUGUCUUGGACGGCGGCCUCGACUUUGUCCUGUUAUAUGUUGAUAUAUAAAGUCGGAGUCUGACUCGGGAUGAUGUCGGGUUAGAUUGUGCGCUUUCACCUUGGAACGAGAUGCUACGUAGAUUAUUACCCCCAGCGGCAUAAAGAAUCUUGA